CAGAUAUAAAAUGAUCAGCGCUGGGAUUUGCCGGGGUUAAGGACGCUUAGAGCAGUGCUUUUAACGGAAUGACGUCACAUUAAUUAGCGGCCGCUUUGAGCCUUUCAGCCUCUAAGCCGCGGUGCGUCCCGGGACACCGUCAGUGACUCCCGUUGGGGACCGCGGAGGAGGAUGCGCUCACCGCUUUAGGACUUUUUUUAUUUAUUUAUUUUUUUCCUCACAGGUGAUGCUUUAGUCGGAGAGUCAAAGGUUUUUACAAUUUGCAAGAAUGGCGGAUCAAGACAGCGUGGCGAAAUAUCUGGACAACAACCCGCAGUUCGCCAAAGAAUACUUUGACAAGAAGGUGCGGGCGGAGGCCCUCACGGCCGCUUUCUCCGCGACAGUCCAGGUGAAGGACACGGCCUCCUUCAAGGAUGUCAAUGCAGUGCAGGAGGCCGCCAUCAUCUUCGAGCUGGUGCAGGCGUUGCAAAAGCAAGGCGUGGUAGAGGAGUCUCUGCACAAGGUGCUGCAGCGGGUGGCCCUCAUCCUGCAGGCCGACAGGGUCAGCUUUUACUUAUGCAGGUCCAGGAACGGGAUACCCGAGCUCGCCACGUCCCUCUUCGACGUCACCCCGACGUCCAAGUACGAGAGCAACCUGGUGCACCCCCAGACCGAGAUCGUGUUCCCCCUGGAGAUGGGCAUCGUGGGCUUUACGGCCUCCUCCAAAAAGCCCCAAAAUGUUCCCGACAUCUCCCAGAAUAAAAAGUUCAGCGACUUUGUGGACAAGCAGACGGGCUACAAGACCAAAUGCAUGCUCACGUUCCCCCUCAUGGCCGACAAAGAGUGCCUCGGGGUGGUCACGGCGCUCAACAAGAUCGGAGCGCCUCACUUCACGCCCGAGGAUGAAGCGUUCUUCCACAAGUACAUGACCUUUGCUCACGUCAUCGCCUUGCAGCAUUACACAACCUACAUGUUCAACGUGGAGUCCAGGAGGAGUCAGGUGCUGCUGUGGUCGGCCAGUAAAGUUUUUGAAGAGUUGACCGAUAUCGAGAGACAGUUCCACAAAGCUCUCUACACCGUGAGGACCUACCUCCACUGCGAACGAUACUCAGUGGGCCUGCUGGACAUGACCAAAGAGAAGGAAUUCUACGACGAGUGGCCCGUAAAACUGGGAGACGUGGAACCUUAUAAAGGACCGAAAACGCCAGAUGGAAGGGAAAUCAUCUUUUACAAGAUCAUCGACUACCUCCUGGAGGGCAAGGAGGAAAUUAAAGUCAUACCCGGUCCUCCAGCAGAUCAUUGGGCUCUGGUUAGCGGACUCCCCACCUACGUGGCAGAGAACGGCUUUAUUUGCAACAUGAUGAACGUGGCCGCCGAUGACUUCUUCACUUUUCAGAAAGAGGGAGUGGACGAGACGGGUUUCAUCAUCAAGAACGUUCUGUCUCUGCCCAUCGUCAACAAGAAGGAGGAAAUCGUGGGCAUCGCCACUUUCUUCAACAGGAACGACGGAAAGCCGUUCGACGAAUACGACGAGCAGAUCACCGAGGCGCUGACCCAGUUCCUGGGCUGGUCCGUGCUCAACUGCGACACCUACGACAAACUCAACCACAUGGAGUACAGGAAAGACAUCGCCCAGGAGAUGCUCCUGUACCAGACCACGUGCACCACCGACGAGCUGCAGUCCAUCCUGAACACCAAAGAAAAGUUUAGCAGUGAGCCGGAGGACUGCGACCAGAAGGAGAUGUACAAACUAUUGAGAGCGACGUGCCCGACGGCCGACAACGUCAACGGCGAGAACCUGUACUCGUUCGGCUUCAGCGACUUCCCGGUGUCGGAGUUCGACCUCAUCAAGGCCGGCAUCCGCAUGUUCUUCGAGCUCGGGGUGGUGGAGAAGUUCAAAGUUCCCGCAGAGACGCUGACCCGCUGGAUGUACACGGUGCGGAAGGGUUACCGGGCCAUCACCUACCACAAUUGGCGGCACGGCUUCAACGUGGGACACACCAUGUUCUGCCUGCUCCAGACAGGGAAGCUGAGGAGGUACUACUCCGACCUGGAUGCCUUCGCCAUGGUGGCUGCUGCUUUCUGCCACGAUAUCGACCACAGAGGCACAAACAACCUCUACCAGACCAAGAGCGCAUCUCCUCUGGCCAAACUUCACGGCUCAUCCAUCAUGGAGAGGCACCACUUGGAGUACAGCAAGACCCUCAUGGGCCAGGAGACCCUGAACAUCUUCUGCAACCUUCAGAAGCGCCAGUUUGAGACCGUGCAGCACCUGUUUGACGUCUGCAUCAUCGCUACCGAUCUGGCGCUUUACUUCAAAAAGAGAACCAUGUUCCAGAACAUCGUGAACGCCACGGAGCCAAUGGCGGAUGAAAAGGAGGCCACGUCCUACAUAGCCAACAACCCCAUCAGGAAGGAGAUUGUCAUGGCCAUGAUGAUGACCGGCUGCGACCUGUCAGCCAUCACCAAACCCUGGGAAGUGCAGAGCAAGGUCGCACUGAUGGUCGCCGCAGAAUUCUGGGAACAGGGAGAUUUGGAAAGGUCUGUUUUGGACCAGCAACCAAUUCCCAUGAUGGACAGGAACUGUGCCGAGCAGCUACCCAAGAUGCAGUGCGGUUUCAUUGACUUUGUGUGCUCGUUUGUGUACAAGGAGUUCUCCCGCUUCCACAAGGAGAUCACGCCCAUGUUUGACGGCCUCAACAACAACCGCGCCCACUGGAACGAGCAGGCCGAAGUGUACAACGCCAAGAUGAAGGCCAUCGAGGACGAGAAGAAGAAACUGGAGGAGGAAGAAGCCAGGAAAGCUGGCGGAGGUGAUGGGAAGUCAAAAACGUGCGCCAUCUGCUAAGUUCUUCGUCGCGACACUCGGAUACGGACUACAGCUGGACUGGUUCAGCCUUUUGAUUGGAUCUAUAGUUCUUCGUGGUUACCAGGUCUGGUCUAGACCACAUUUUUAGUCUCAUCUAGUCCUGCCUGGAUUAGCAUUCCAAGGAGGCCAAAUCCGAAAACGAUGAGGAACAAUGGGAGAACUCUGAGGACAAGUUGUACGACGGAAUAUUUUUUUCUCCUUUUGGGGAAUCUCUUCUUCGGACAGCACCCAUGGACGUUACCCUGUUUAUGCUUGCUAGCUGAUUAGCACAUUGUGGAGUUGCACUUGGAAGAUAGAAUUUUUUAUUUAUUUUUUUUAAUAUCAACUAAAAAUAGUCUUAACAGGAAGAAAAUGUACACAAAAAGGCACUGAGUAGAUGCAAAAGGUUGUGGACGUCGGAUUUAUCAAAUUCUUUAUGCACAAUAUUCGGAUCACGUUCAAAUUUGGUGUAUUGAUCACAAUGCUUGACAUCCUACCAUGGGCCAAAAGUGGCAUCACUUACUUCAAUUAUGACGAACUUGUGAUAUGAGUUCCCAUAGAAAAAUCCUCGAGGUGGGACAAAAUGUCGAUAUCAGGGUGUAUCGUUUUCUCUUACGAUACCGUGUCGAUACGCGAGCAUUAAGUAUCGAUAUUAUGAAAGGUCUUAAGUAUUUAACAAACAAUUUUACAACGUAUUUAUACGUGCUGAUGUUAAAGGGGUGUUUGCAAUUUGCAAAAAAAAUUAAAUACAGCAAAAAAAGAUGUAACUCGCUAACAUUUAAUGUUCUAGUAAGAAUUAUGAAUAAGGUUCUCUUCUGGGGGAACAAGUUGUGUGUGCCAUCUGUCUCCAAUUGGUUGUUUUUCUCGGACGCUGUGACUGUAAAUAUGACUGUUUUAACAAAUGUUACAAAAAAAAGUUUUUUUUUUUUUUUUUUUUAUUGCAAAUGCCUCCUUUAAAUGUACAACAUACAGCGAUAACAUAUCUGGUACUAAAACAAACAGACAAAAAAAAGCUAACUGGACAUAUCAAAGUGUGUCAUGAUGUUCAAUGUUUGACCAUUAUUUUUGAAAAACAAACAAAACAAAGCAAGAUUAGACAUCGAACUACAUCCAGCGGGUUAUUUAUCGGUUUCAGAAUAUUGUGAUCAAUUCCCACCUCAAGUAGAUAAAAAAAAAAAAAAAAAGAUAUAUUUUUUUACACGUACUGGCUUUCUGAGGAUCAUGCAAAAACACCAAGAACACGUCACCCUUUAUCUCCAAUGUGAUAUGAUUUAAAUGGGAAAAAUCCAUAUCAAUCUCCCGCAGAUGACUUGCAUGAUUUCACUCGUAUAAAAUAAAAAAAAAAUAAAAAAACCAAAAGAAAUAAAAAUGGUUACAAUAAACGAAGCAUGAAAUGGAUUUGAGAGAUGUACGAGGCACCUUUUGCAUCUGUAAGGAAAAAAGGUAGUGGGAAUCCCUUAGGGGUUUUAUUGCGUGGCUAGCGAAGCCUUAUCGUAUGUUGUGUUGAUAGCGUGACACACGCAUGUAUUGUGUUAUUGAUUGGGUCGAGGUCCGGUUGCAGUGCCGCAAUCGCUGCCUGGAAUGCCGGAACUGGGUCGCCCUGCACUUUCCCCAUAUCCUCCUCCUCUUCCACAAUGUCUUCACCUCCAAUCAAUGAGGCAUCAAUCGAACGUCCCUAAUCCAAUUAGGGGAACUUUACCUGGAUACACUUUCCUCUGCUUCCUGAAGAGCCAAAGAGUUGUGCACCCAAAACGACAAAACUCGCCGUCCCCCUCCUAUCAGACAUUAGGAACUUUUACUGUUUCAGGUAUGAAAUGAACUCUUCCUGUAUGUAUGUACUUGUAACGGCAAAUAAACAGCUGC